AUGGUUCGAAAUGAAGGAGAUGAUGGUGCAAUGAAUGAUGCUGCACACGGAAGGUUGAGGGAGUACAACAAAUGGACAGAGAAUCAUGAUGUUGUCUUCAUCGAGUGCAUGCUGGACCUAGUUCAAUCUAGGGAGGUUGAGUAUGGGAACUUGAAGAAAGGGGGUUUCAAGAAGCUUGAAGCUAUGAUGGUCAAAAAAAUUCUAGGAUUUAACUUGAAUGUGAGAUCCAGGCAUCAUUGGUUCAAGAAUAAGUACAAUGCGAUAUAUGACGUCCAGAAUGGGAGUUGCAGUGGGUUUGGAUGGGAUGAGUCUAAGAAGAUCAUUGUUGCUGAUGAUGAUGUUUUUUGUACAAUUCUAGGAUUUAACUUGAAUGUGAUGAUGUUUUUUGUACAAUCUAGGCAUUGUUGCUGA